UCAGUCAGUCAAAAUGGCCGCUCUCGAGCAAACAGCCUUCGCGCUCGCCCGCAGCUCCGUCAGCAGCAUCGUGCAGCUGCACGGCAACCUCUGCUGCCAGUCGCUGCCUCGCAAGAGCCCCGGCGCCGGCAGCUCUCUCCCCCAGAGCCCCGACCAGGACGACGACCACUCGUGCCCCCGCUUCCCGCCCGCCGCCGACCCGCUGUACCUCAGCACCAGCCGCCUGGUGCGCGGCUUCGUCCGCGAGUUCGCUCUGGGCUCGGACCCGCCGAGCUCGGGCCUGGGCUGGCUGGCCGGCAAGGACCGCGCCGCGGGCACGCUCAAGAGCAUGGGCCGCAAGGUCAUCGACAAGCACCGCGCCGUGUUCACAGGAAUAGUGAAUCACUUAAACAUCUCAGGCAAGAGAGAUCUAAAUGCCAUCAAGAAGGUUGGUACUGAAAUGUUCAGUGAUGGUGAAAUGAAUUGGGGCAGGGUGGUCAGCUUCAUCGCCUUUGGAGCAGUCAUGGGAGAGCACCUGGCAAAACUUCAGCUGGAUGACUUAAUCGAUUUGAUGGCUGAAGAAAUCACACAGUACUUGACUCAACAGAAAAGAGAGUGGCUUCAGAAACACAACGGUUGGGAUGGUUUCACGGAGUUUUUUGAAGAGGAUGACAUAGAGGAUUCUACAAAGAAAGUACUGAUGAUGGUUGCAAGUGUUGGUUUGGCUGGGGCAGGCCUUCUGCACUGGUUGAGAUGAACCAAGGUAUUGAAUCUCAAAAGAACUAAGUAGUCCAGGCCAGUUGUGUUUUACCCCUUAAAUAAAAGACUUUUCCUCCACUAACCAUGUUCAGUCGCAUUCAGUUGGAGCAGUUUCUGGGAGCUCUUGCCGAUGGAAGAAUUGAAGAAUGGGGACACAGCUACGGUAAUGUAGGGCUCUCCUUACAAUUUGGAGCAGGAUAGAAGUUCUGAGUCUUUGACACAAUGGAUAUGAUCUUGGCAAAAGCUGAUUGAGAGUGAUAGUCCAGUCAUUGCUAAGCUGGGGAUAUACUGCACUUGCUGUCCUAGAUACAAAGAUUUUAGUGGUUUCAGAGCCUGAUCUGACUGAGAGGUAACCAUGAGUACACAUUAGGUCAUAUUGGUCUUUUGCUGCUAUGAACAGGAUUGACACUUCUCCAGUGUUGUCUGCCCUCAACGCUGCCUUUCAUGGGGAAGUAUUCUGAAAGGAAAAGAGUUGAAGUAAAUUGUAAAGUGGAUACAAAUGCAUGAUUAAAUUACCAGAUGGGGGGGUGGUGGGAGCAUACAUUUUGCCUGCAUUUCUGAACUAUUUUAUGCUCGGUGUCCACCACCUUGAAUCAUACACAUUUGGGGACUGUUAGUAUGAUUGAGAUUAACCAAAAUGAAAUUAGUAAUUUGGUGUAAAAGAAUUGGUCAGAAUUGUUUUGGUCCUGCUGUUGUUUAGUUAACUCGGGAAAGAUUGCAUCUUUUAAAUGAGCACAUUAUUUAUAACAAUAAUAAUCCUUGCACUUAUAUAAUAAUCGCAUCUUC